AUGGCUCUCUUACAUCGGAUGGCAUUGGCGUUUCUACUGCCCUUGCAGGUGGCAGCAAUGACCUUCAACGAGCUGCCACGGAUUCCUCAGCAUCUUUGCUGCGCCUCGGUGGGACCUCGACGCGAGGACGUGCGUGCCAUAUUGCCGGAGGCGUUCAAUCACUCGGCCGUCAGAGUCGUGGAGUGCAUGAAGUUGCAGACCUCGGACUUCGUCCAUCGAGUUGGCACUGCUUGCAGCUACUGCGAGUGCUUGUGGGAGGAUGGUGCUGACUUGGCGGGCACUGCCGAAUGCUGUUCUCUCACAAACUUCGGCACACCGGGCUACAACCAGAUCACCGGCUAUACCACCUGCCAGAAGUACAAGCAGACCUACAACCUGAAGACUGGCAUCGUGCGCUCUUGCGAGCUGAGAUACGACAUGUACUCCUUCAAAUCUGCGGCCUGUGAUCGUGGCCCAGUCGCGUUACUUUUCCUGCUGCCUUUGCUCGCACUCCGUCCUACUUGA